CCGACCGCCAGUGUCUGUCUGUCGGAUCUGUCAGGUGUAAACCGCUCUCACGAGCCUGAGCCGCGCGAGAUCCUGUCUCUCCAAACCCUCCGCGCGCCUCCAGCGAGCAGCAGCAGCUUACUUCGGGAAAUACAGAAGAGCGCCAACUUUACAGCAGGUGCUCCAGCUCUUAGAUUUACGCCUGGGAAAAGUCUGUUGUAUGAGAGAAAAGACAAAUGCGGUCUUAAGCGACGUAGUUAUGCAAACUCGACUUACGUCGAGAUUAAAACAAACAAAACACGAGCAAAUUGUACGAAGAAAUCGGAGAGCUCGAGAUUAACUGAAAGCUACCCAUGAAAAUGGGUUGACGAAAAGAAAUCGCCGAUAAAGAGAUAUGAUGUCUAUCUCAAGCUAUACAGAUCUUAGUGGAUUUCAGGGAUUAGAUUUAUAUCUUUUUGCUGCUGUUCCCAAUUUUUUUAACUGUGCUACCUCAGCAUGUGGGAGUUGUGUGUAGCACAGCAGAUCUCAAGAUGACUGGAUUCUAUAAUCACUGGGUUUGUGGAAGCAGUGCUCUGUAGAUGUUAUUUCUGACUGUAAUAUAGCCAUUUAUUUACAUCACUUAUGAUUUCAUGUCGUCACGUUGAUCUUUUUGUCAGUAAAAGCUAUUAGCUAAUGUCUUUUAUUCUUUAUACAUCAUCUUUCUUCACUAACUUGUUGAAGUACAAUCACUGCAGCUGGGUGGAUGCAAAUUAUUGACUUUUAAACUCCUUUACUGAGAGCUGCGGUUACCACCAAGGAUUCAUGGAUGAACAUUAAGAUGCAGUCGAUGCAUAUAACAUUGGUGCUUUAAAUGUUCUUUGCUGGUGUUUUUCAGUUGUUGAGACUCAAGUUGCAAUAUAUAGGAUAAAAGCCAUUUCCACCAAGUUUCUACCUUCAGGCUCUUUUGUUUUAUCUCCCCCCCACUGAACUUAUCGGGUGGGGGGGGGGUAAGGCCCAAACCAUGGAGUCCAACCCAGACAGCCCGAGUCGGGCUGUGGAGUAUCUUCUGGAGCUCAAUAACAUCAUCGAGAACCAGGCCAAACUUCUAGAGACGCAGCGUAAACACAUCGAGGAGCUCCAAACACAGCUAGACCGGGUCAACCAGGAGAACAAGGACCUGCGGCAUGAUCGCAACCCGAGAACCGAGAACUCGACGCAGAACCACAACUACAGCCAGAGCUCUAAGCCCAGCCAGCCGUCAUCUCUACCAAACCACAGUGCUGGAGGGGUCCAUCAGAACAGCAGCAGUAAUAUACCCUCUUCCACGGUGCCUGGCCCGGCUCGACGGACUCAGACCAGACUGACCCGAGGCCUGUCAUGUGGGUCAGCCCCUGUCGAGGAAAGAGGCCGACUGGAGCGUAAUGACAGCUCUGGGACCAACAACACCUCCACUCUACGGAAACAUGAGGAGGAAACCCAGAGUUCAGCUUCACGUCCCUUUUCAGACAGUUCCAGCAGUAAAUCUCCUUACGUGCACAGCUCUGACCGUUACAGGGACAACAGCUGUGGCCCCCCAGGCCCUCGUGUGCCUUUUGUGCCCGCUCCAAGCCCAGCCAGCCUCGCCUGGGCACAGCGUACACGCAACCAACCAGCUAGCCUGGCCCUACGCAAGCAAGAGGAAGAAGAGAACAAGAGGUGCAAAGCCCUAUCAGACAGUUAUGAACUCUCUACAGACCUACAAGAUAAGAAGGUGGAGAUGCUGGAGAAAAAAUAUGGAGGUUACUUCGUAAGUAGACGAGCAGCACGUACCAUCCAGACAGCAUUCCGUCAAUAUCGUAUGAACAAGAACUUUGAGCGCCUGCGCAGCUCAGCUUCUGAGAGCCGCAUGACACGGCGCAUCAUACUAUCUAACAUGCGACUGCAGUACUCGUUUGAUGACCGACAUCCUCAACCUCCCACCCCGACUCACUACAGUCACAGUCCAGGAAUGGGUCCUCCACAUUCUCCAACUUGCACCACAGAUCCAAGCUCCCCAUCACGACCGGAAUACACCCACCUAGAGGACUCCUUCUCAAAACAAGUGAAGUCCUUAGCUGACUCCAUUGAUGAUGCCCUAACGUGUCGACCAUGCAGAGAUGAUUCCCAGGAAGGUAUAGGGGAUGGAAGUGGUGUUGUUGAUGACUUUGGCGAGUGCAUAUGGAGUAGCAACAGCCACGUAUCCUUACGGAGAGGACUUGGAGACAGAGAUCGAGGAGGUACAGGGGGCAUGAGUAUGCAUGAAGACAGCACAGCCACCUCCUACAGUGAUGUCACGCUUUACAUGGAUGACGGUCUACCUUCCUCACCACUUUCUCUAGACCGGGCCCCUAGCAGCACAGACACUGAGUUCUGGGGGGGUGUUGGAAGUGGGGUAAGUGGUAGGGAAGAUAGCCGUGACACAGAAGGAGGAGGAAGCAGCAAUAGCCGCCGAAGUACACCUUGCACAGAGUGCCGUGAUUACCGUUUACGGGGAGGGCACUUACCAUUACUUACUAUUGAACCACCUAGUGACAGUUCAGUGGACAUGAGUGACCGCUCAGACCGAGGCUCCCUUAGCAGACAACUAGUCUACGAGCAGGACUCAGCAGCAGGAUCACCUCAAGGGACACUAAAGCAUAACCCUAAUGCUCGUUCGACAUCCUCGACAGCUGCACAAGGUCAAACACGUCCAGCUAGCCAAUCCAUGCCGUCACACAUCCCACACCACAUGGCUCACCAUCAUCACCACCACCACCACCAUCACCAGUACCCUGACACCCCUUCAUCCUCCUCCUCUCCUCAACAGCCCCCAACCACACCGCUCUCAUCCUCCUCUUCAGCACCACUGCCUCCUGGUGGUUUGGAGCAGCAAUGCUGCUCGGAUGGUGAUAAUGACUCACUGAACUCCACCACAAACUCUAAUGAGACCAUUAAUUGCAGCUCAGGCUCCUCUUCAAGGGAUAGUCUGCGGGAGCCCUUGCCCCCAUUAGGGAAACAGACCUACCAGAGAGAAAGUCGGCACAGCUGGGACUCUCCUGCCUUUGACAAUGACGUAGUACAGAGAAGACAAUAUCGCAUCGGACUCAACCUCUUCAACAAGAAACCAGAAAAGGGUAUUCAAUACCUAAUUGAGAAGGGCUUUGUGUCAGACACACCAGUGGGCAUUGCUCGCUUUAUCCUGGAGAGAAAAGGCCUGAGUCGGCAGAUGAUUGGAGAGUUCCUUGGAAAUAGACAGAAACAGUUCAACAAAGAUGUAUUGGAUUGUGUUGUGGAUGAGAUGGACUUUUCUGGAAUGGAUCUUGAUGAUGCUCUGAGGAAAUUUCAAGCUCAAAUAAAAGUCCAAGGAGAGGCUCAAAAAGUGGAAAGGCUUAUUGAGGCUUUCAGUCAGAGGUACUGUGUUUGUAAUCCAGCACUGGUAAGACAGUUCCAGAACCCGGACACCAUCUUCAUCCUAGCUUUUGCCAUCAUCCUCCUCAACACAGACAUGUACAGCCCCAAUAUCAAAGCAGAGAGGAAGAUGAAGCUGGACGACUUCAUCAAAAACUUAAGAGGGGUGGAUAAUGGUCAGGACAUCCCACGUGACUUACUGGUUGGAAUCUACCAGCGCAUUCAGAAAUGGGAACUGAGAACCAAUGAUGACCAUGUUUCUCAGGUCCAGGCGGUGGAGAGAGUAAUAGUGGGCAAGAAACCAGUUCUGUCCCUGCCCCACCGCAGACUAGUGUGCUGCUGUCAGCUCUAUGAAGUCCCAGACCCCAACCGUCCUCAAAGGUCUGGAGUUCACCAGAGAGAGGUCUUCCUCUUCAACGAUCUGAUUGUGGUUACAAAGAUCUUCCAGAAGAAGAAAACCUCGGUAACGUACAGUUUCAGACAGUCCUUCCCUCUGGUGGAGAUGCAGGUUCACAUGUUCCAGAACUCCUGUAAGUUGGCUCAUUUUAGUUUUUCUUUAUUUGGGAAAACACACACUGAGUUGGAGAAGCAGAAAGGAGUAAUGCGGCCCAGCCUGCUCACCAACAGCAUUAUUGCUGGAGGAGUGGGUGGGGUCAAGAAUGAAGUGGUGAAUGGCACUAUGGGAAGGCCUAGUCUGGAUGACAACUAUUCACCAGGAGAGGGCCUCAAACGUACUGCUCUCAGCUCCUCACUGAGGGACCUGUCUGAAUCAGGGAAACGUGGCCGCAGAAACAGCGUUGGUUCCCUUGACAGUACAAUGGAAGGUUCCAUCAUUAGCAGUCCACGGCCUCACCAGCGUUACCCAGUAGCCACUGUGCUCCCGGGAUGCUAUGGAACAGAAGACUUCCGGCCUCACCGCCCCAUCCUGAGCCCCGGAGUGGGGGUGGGGGGUGGGCCGGGGCAGCAACACACACCUGCGGUGACUGGCGCUGGACAAGUCUCCAGCAGCACCGAGAGAGGAACGACUGGAAUGGGGACUGGGAGCAACAGCAACAACACCGGAUCUUUCCUGGGCUCCCUGUUUGGGGGCAAGCGAUCCAAAACGCCGGGUCCUAUUAUCCCCCCCGGGCCACCCUACCCCGCCCCUGUGGCCCCACCGACUACAGGAGGGCCGCCGCCUCUGUCCCCGUCCUCGCUGUGCCCGGGAGAGGCUGGGGGACCUUCCAAGAUCCAGGCCCUGCACGCCCAGUACUGCCACACUACCAGCAACAGUGUCAGUGGGCAGCCUCCGCCCCCAUACUACCACCAACAUCGCUUCCAUACUCAGACCGUACCCUCAUCUGGGCAGCAGGGCCUCCAUACUCUUCAGCGGGUCACCUUGCCUCGACGGCCACACCCCAACCCUUCCGCACACUCCCCAUACCAGCCGAUCUCCCAGCAUACUUUGCAGGGUCGCUACGGGAGCAUGGGCAACAUGGGCCUCCCUCCCCCCCUUUCUCCUCACUCCCCACUCUCCCCUCACCCGCAGUUUGCGCUCUUCCACACGCAGCCCACACACUUGGCCAGAGGGGGCGCCAUCAGCAAGCCGCCUCUCACGCUGUCGCACUCGCAGCCGCACCCGCACGCACACUCCCAUCCCGCCCACGUGCACACGCCGCACCCGGCCUCCCACCCCGCGCACCAACCUCACUUCGUCUUCGCCAGCCCUCCUCCUCCGCCCUUCCCUGCUCCCACUCAGCCGCCUCCAGUCUCCGUGUCCGGCACGGUCCACCACGUGCCGCCGGCCGCCCAGUAUCUGCCCCAGUAUCCUCCGUUAUCCUCCAUCCCCCCUCCCCCACCGCACUCCCCUUUACCCCCCCCUUCCUCCCCCCUUACCCCUCUUACGCCUCUCUCCCCUCUCCCCCCCCAGCACCAAGGCCACCCUUCACAGGCCGGGGGCCCGCAAGGGCCCUCGUCGGCUCAGACUGGAGCCGUACCUGGGGGGACGGGCACGGUCGAACGCGCCAAAUCCAAACCUACCAACCGGAUCAGCACGGUAGUGUGAGCCGGGGGAAGUCGCGAGGCUGGGGGUCGCUGAAGGGUCCUUUGGUGGUUGGAGGGGGGACUGCCGCGAGGCUGGAGGCAGGCGGUGGCAGGGCCAAAGGCGAUAACAACGCCAGUGGAAAAAAGAAACGCAG